CAAGAUUUUUAUCAAUAAAAUCGUUUAAACAAUAGACCGGUCUUAAUGUAUAUCAACUUCCUUGUUCAAAGGCAGAAAAGUGCUCAACAUGGCUGCAUAUCUAACAAGCGUAAUUGCUGGAUUGUUUUUCAUAACUUUCUAUGUUGAAGACAUAGUGUCCAUGUCACGAUAUUGUACUGAGCAAUACGAGUGUUAUAAGAAUUGCCCCAGAAUAGAUAAAGAAAAAACUUCGUGUGGAUUUUUAGACCUUUCAGACUGCACCGUUUACAGAGAGAGGUUUUAUCCUUGCAAAUCAACUUGUGAAAGACAGGUAUGUUGCAACGGGUAUACCGGAGAGAACUGCAGCACACCAUUCGGAUGUGAAACAGCAACACGUUUGCCAGACAUAGACAAACGGGGAAGAAACUAUAUAGUUAAAGGGGAAGAUGAUGAAUAUAUAUAUGAUGAAUAUUUAGGCCCGGCUUGGUUCAGUGUUGGUCAAUAUAAAAUGCCUGACAGUCACACAGUACCUGAAUAUUUGGCAUGUGGAACAGAGGCUCCUAUUUACAUCAAAGGGGAUCAUCCUGAAGUGACUGAUUUGACUGGUGAGACAGUAUACCAUGCGGUCACUUGUGAAUGGUAUCCGUUUAAUAAUUGCUCCAAUGAACGUAAUAUAGAUAUACGACAAUGCGGUGAUGAAACACAGUAUUAUCUUGUACGUACGAGUCAUACAGCUGCAUACUGUAUGGAUCCGCCUGAUAUACAAGGGAUAACUGAUUUUGAGGCAGCGCCAACCGAUGUUACAAUAGGCGAUCUAUCAGUCCAUACAGAACUGAAGUUCAAAAUAACAAAUGGGUUUGAAAUACCUUUCCUUAGAUUCAACUGUAGUGAAAACGAAAACCCACCACACGGUCGGUCAAACAGGCCAAAUCUAUUGUACUCAACAUACUGGUUCAUUGAGUCGGUCCUGAUAAAGACAUUCCGUAGUGAACAAUAUGUCAUGCCGUUAGACGAAGAAGAACUUACAGACCUGGGAUAUAAAAUAGGAUUUACGAUACACUGUGGUAUUCGAACAUCAACAUCUGUCACUGGGUACCAGACAGGGAUGAAAUACAGUGAAAGCUUCUUUGCCGGAGUUAAGAUUCAUCCAAGUUUUAUAAAUAUGAAGAAAGAAGAUACUGCAAAUCUCACUCUUCAACCAACUGUUCCAUACGGUUGCUAUGCACGAGUUAAUGACGACAGAGACAUUCCUUGCAAGAUUUCAAUAAACUUGUACUACCCUGAAUUAUCAGAUAACUUAUGUAGUAUCGGAGACACUGAUACUGGAUCACAACCAAAGGUGGAAGACGUACAAGCUAAAUGUGGAGUAGAAAUUUCGGGAUUUCUACCAAAGGAUAUCAAAAACGGACAAAAACAAAUGAGCAAUGCCACUCUCAAAAUAUCAUCACCAUUUUUCUCCAACUCAGAUCCAACUGUUUACAAACUCAGUUUGCAAACACAAAAUAGCGGGACACAUGUUAUAUGGAAAAAGGCCCCUAUAUCUGAUUUCCAGUUGUUUAUAAUUCAAGAUGAGAGAUAUAAUGAAGAAACAAAGACACAUUGUUAUGCGCACGUUGACCCCCAUCAAAAAACAAGUGAUGGAAAGACUUUUGAGAACAAUGCAUUUAAUGGGUCAUUCAUAUUGUACCAACACGAAUCAGGGAUACAGGUACAAAUGAAGACGAUAGGCUGCAAUAGUGAUAGGGCAUAUUGCGCAUGCGCAGUUGCAGUGCGAGCUGGUGGUGAUGUCUUCCUGAUCAAUAUUUGUGGGGGGUUACGUUUUAUCGACAUGACCUCUUGCAAAGACGGGGGUGUACUGAUAAUUAGGGAAACGUCAAAAGUUAAUUACCAGGUUCAAACAAAUAUAGGGACCUUGAUCAAGAUAGAGAUAUUAACAGACAAGUACAGAAAUAUGAUGAACGUUGAUAUAUAUAUGGCACCAAAGGACCUCAAUAGAACCAAAGGAUUAUGUGGAACAUUUGACGGCGACACGGACAAUGAUUUCCACGAUAGAAACGGAAACCCAGUCGACGAAAAGGCAUUUUUAAAAGCUUGGACACUAAACGACGAAGAUGUCAAUUUGUUGCUACCAACUUGUAAUUUAAAUGUUGGUACAUGGACAGCAGACAACCAAGCCCUUUAUUGUUCUUGUCGAUGUCAUGAUACAGAAUAUGAUUGUGGGGCUCCUGAAGAAGAGGUUAUAUGUUCUCCAUCACAGUACGUGAACUGUACUGUUAGUUACAGAAAAACAAGUGAAUAUUGCGAGUAUUUCAAUAAACGGUGCUAUGUUCCAUUAAGAGCAAAACGUGGAGAUUCAUUUUUUCUGAAACAAGAUCCUGAAAUUGAAAUGAGACGUCUAGCUGCAAGGUCAGAACUUCCUCAUAAGGUUAUUGCAAAGAGGGAAGUUGUUGAGAAUAUUACCGAAGAAAUGGCUAGAGAUGAGUGCUCCAAUUAUUUGCACGCACAGGCGAUUGAAGAAAAAUUGCAACUUUUGGGAGGAUUUAAUUUAUCUCAAGCCAUUUGGGAAUGCACCUGGGAUGUUUAUACAGGACAAGAUCGCGGAUGGAUGGAGACACACAAACAAGCAGCUUUAUCCGCCAUAGAAACAAGUUAUAAAAGGGAUGCUAAUUACACGAUUUCUCACACUGACGAACUGAAAGAAUUCAAAACAAAAACAUGCCCUUAUGAUUGUAAUGGAAAUGGUGCCUGCUUAGAAAAUGGAACAUGUUCAUGCAACAGUGAUUUCUUCGGACCUACCUGUAGUAAUAUCAAAUCAGACGGGCCAGUAAUUGAGGAUAUUGAGGGAGGAGGGUUUUGUGACCUGAACUAUGGUAAAGACUGUAGCUGUUUCGCUGUUCAGUUGGAGGCUUUACACGAAUUCUUCUUCUGCAAAAGAGUUAUGAUACAGAAAACGAUAAUCGGAGAGUCACGUGUCGUUAGUACUAACAUAGUAUCCGGCUGGUAUCGUAAUAUAUACAAUGGCGAAUGUUGCUUUGAAGAUGACAGAAGAAAACGUUCCACUGAAUCUGAAACCGAUGUGUUACAUUACAAGCAUGAAAUCUCUAUCAGUAAUGAUGGGCAAAAUUUCGGACCUAUUUCAACUCUGUACGUCUUUGACUCCUUAUGUACUGAGAUGGUCCAAGACAAUGUCAGCACUGCAAGUUUUUAUCUCAAAGAAGGCACUUGUAUAAUUGAGGGAACAUGUUAUGAAGACCAAGCUGUCGACUUGAGCAAUAAUUGUUUCCGGUGUAGACCAGAGAUAACACAGUACAACUGGACAGAAGGUUGCAUAAAGGACAACAAAGAAGAACAAAAUCAUACCGAUACGGUGAUUGGGGCGAGUUUUGGUGGUAUUGUUUUGGCUAUAAUAAUUAUAAUAGUCGGGCUUUGCAUUUAUAGACACAGACAAAGAGUUGAUGCACCUGCACGAUAUCAGAUGGCUGGAAGACCUGUUUUGAACAGAGAGCAAUUAAAUGAUAAUAAUGCUUUAUGAUAGUGUACACGUUGUAUCAAUAUCUUACACUGGCAUUUAGAUACAGAUCGAUAUCUUAGAUUUUUGGUAGAAGUGCUUGUGUUUGAAAACAAUGAAUAGGGCAAUGCUCUACAUAUUUGUGCUAAACAAUGUCUAUAUUUAAGCCAUUUCGUGUUCAAAACUUAACUGGAAAGUAUAUAUUAUUAGUAUUAACAAUUUAACGUACACUUAAUUUGACAAUGCCUGCCAUAUACGAGUAGAGACACUGAUUAAAUAAUUAUUUGAUAAUGAAUAUCAUGUGUAUUGAAUAUUUCAGUUGCAAUGGAUACAAUAACCAUAUCAUGUUCAUAAGGAUGAAAACAUAUCUCCGGCCGUUUAGCCUCAAUAUCGGUAUCACAUUUCAUCUGAAUAGACUCCAGUUGUCGACUUGCUUGCGUAUUUUGAUAUCUAAAAAAAAAUACGCUGCCAAAUGGUCCCAAAUUAAAUGGAAUCUGGACAUGUCUAUUUUGUAAAUUCAGCAGGUUUAAGGAUAAAAUGUUUCUGCAAUGAUUGAUAAUUGAUGUCAUUGUAUUGAAUGACUUAAGAAUCUUAGAUUGGUAAUGUUUAAGAACAAAAAUAUACAAAUAUAUGUAUAUGUGUUAUUAUUAUUAUAAUUAUUAUAAUUAUCAUUAUUAUUAUUCAGGAAUAUUCUUUAAAAAUCUGUAAAUUGAAUAUUAAAUUGUUGUUCUGCAAAAGCAUGUAUGUAAAAUACCAUUUGUCAUUAAGUGAGAAAGAACAUGUAAUACAAGAGGAAAGGUUUCAUCAUGCAUUUUCAGGUUUAUGUUACCGUUCCAUACAAUCAGUGUUAUUAUGUCAGAUUAUCAAUUCUAACACGCUUCACACUACUCCCCUAUCA